AUGGAGGAAGACUCAUCGCCACCUUCGCCAAUUCGAAGCCCUCAUCACCAGCUAGCAGCGACGUCGACGCCCCGGCGUGCCAUCUUGCUCCGAGAAGGUCGAGUACAGCUUGUGAAGGCACUUGGGUGUGAGAGGGGAGAUGAAGAAGGCUUACGAAAGGUGAGUCCUGUCACCGCAGCGGACUGUUGGUGUGGCAAAGAACGACGCCUCCGCCGCCCUGGAGGCCUCCGCCUUGCCCACUGCAUCUGCUGCCCUCGCCUAGGAUGCCAUCCAGGUCUUGGUAUGUCGUUGCAGGCCGCACAUACCGACGUUGUGGUGGAGGAUGUGUGGGUGGGUGAGAAGGAGAAGAGGUUGAGGGGCGAAGAGGCAGCGAAGUUGGUGUUGACUCGGGAAUCCACACAGGAUUUUCGACGCCCCGGCAACGUCAGCGCCAAGACGGGCAAUGUCCUCCCCACCUCACCACUAUACAGCAGGCUGAGGAUGAACAACCCUGGCUGA